CAGCUUAUUCUCCGCUCUGCAUUCUUCUCUCUCGCUCGUUCUUCUCUCUCGAUCUUUCUUUCUCUGUGUAGACAAGAGUUGCGUUUAGGGUUAGAGUUCGUGGAGUCUAAAGAGGUUGGAGGUCUUCGACAAUGGCGGGAGGAGCGAUUGUGAACGCCGGGGCGACGAAGGAUUACCCCGGGAAGCUGACCGUCUUCGUUUUCUUCACCUGCGUCGUCGCGGCCACCGGCGGGCUCAUCUUCGGCUAUGAUAUCGGAAUCUCCGGUGGGGUGACUUCGAUGGAUUCGUUUCUUAAGAAGUUCUUCCCGACGGUGUAUCGACAGGAGAAGGAAGACAAGAGCACGAACCAGUACUGCAAGUUCGACAGCCAGGUGCUGCAGAUGUUCACGUCGUCGCUGUACUUGGCGGCGCUGGUCGCGUCCUUCUUCGCGUCGGUGGUGACGAGGGCGUUCGGCCGGAAGUGGUCCAUGUUCGGCGGCGGCGUCACCUUCCUCAUCGGCGCCGCCCUCAACGGCUUCGCCAAGAACGUCCUCAUGCUCAUCCUCGGCCGCAUCCUCCUCGGCAUCGGCGUCGGUUUCGCCAACCAGUCCGUUCCGGUGUACCUCUCGGAGAUGGCCCCUGCUCGUCUGCGAGGCAUGCUCAACAUCGGCUUCCAGUUGAUGAUCACCAUCGGCAUCCUCGCUGCCAAUCUCAUCAACUAUGGAACAUCCAAGAUCAAGGGGGGAUGGGGCUGGCGCGUAAGUCUUGCCCUUGCCGCCGUCCCGGCCGGCAUCAUCACUCUUGGCUCUUUGUUCCUCCCCGACACCCCCAACUCCCUCAUCGAGCGUGGCUAUGAUGACAAGGCCAAGAAGAUGCUCCGCCGCAUCCGCGGAACUGACGACAUCCAUGAGGAGUACAACGAUCUUGUCGCUGCCAGCGAGGAGGCGAAGCUCGUGGAGCACCCCUGGAGAAACAUUCUACAGAGGAAGUACCGCCCUCAGCUUACCAUGGCCAUCCUCAUUCCCUUCUUCCAGCAGCUAACUGGCAUCAACGUCAUCAUGUUCUACGCUCCCGUGCUCUUCAAGACCAUUGGAUUUGGAGGCGAGGCAUCGCUUAUGUCAUCUGUUAUCACAGGGCUAGUUAAUGUGUUUGCUACCUUGGUCUCCGUCUUUACUGUCGACAAGCUCGGUCGGCGGAAGCUUUUCCUGCAGGGUGGAGCCCAGAUGCUUGUUUGCCAGAUCAUUGUGGGGACGCUGAUUGCAAUCAAAUUUGGGACCAGUGGCGAGGCAAAUCUUUCAAAGAGCUAUGCAGCCUUCGUCGUGCUCUUCAUUUGUGUCUAUGUUGCUGGCUUCGCGUGGUCAUGGGGCCCCUUGGGGUGGCUGGUGCCCAGUGAGAUAUUCCCACUAGAGAUCCGGUCAGCCGGGCAGAGUAUCAACGUCUCUGUAAACAUGCUUUUCACCUUCAUCAUUGCCCAAGCUUUCCUCACGAUGCUCUGCCACAUGAAAUUUGGCUUGUUCUACUUCUUUGCUGGAUGGGUUGUAAUCAUGACUACUUUCGUUGCCUUGUUCCUUCCGGAGACUAAGAAUGUGCCAAUUGAGGAGAUGGUUCUGGUCUGGAAGUCUCACUGGUUCUGGGGCAACUUCAUUGCUGAUGAGGACAUACACGUUGGCAACGUUGAGAUGGGCAAUGGCAAGUCCAAGGCUGGGUCUGUAUGAUGGAUAUGAAAUCAGACGGAUCGACCUUUUGUUGGUCAUCCUUUGAUAGGUGUCGAGGGUCCUCAAUGGAUCCUGAUCGAAAGUCAGUUGUGGUACAUUGGUUGUAGAUGGUGUCUAAUGGUCUGGUUCUGUCAACCAAAACUUUUCCUGUUUGUUUUGGAACUAUGUUUUCUUACCGAUCGUAUAUAUGAUCUCGAUUAAUGAUGAAAGAAUCAAGAGGUUUCUGUAAAGCUUGGAUCAUUAUAUGAUUGUAACGAAGAUCUGAAGGGAAUUUUUCUGCUUUUCUGCUC